AAAUGAAAAUUUUACGAAAAAGUUUAAAGGACAUAUGUUUUAUGGUUUUAUCUAAAUUAUUCAUUUUAUUUUAUUAAAUUUACUGAGAAAUCUAAUUUUUAAAUAAUAAACUUUAAUUUACUGAAUAUAAGUGUUUUAUUUAUUUGGUUUUUUAAAAUACCAAAACAAAGUGGUAAAGGCCGCAUUCGCCACAAGUUGUUUUGUUAACACUUAGGUGUUUGUUAGAAGUUAUUAAAGAGUUCAAAAUUUUAUUGAGUAAAAAAAUAAAUAAAUGUAAAAUCAAUUAAAAAAAUACGAUCUUCAAAAACAAGAAAAAGAAGCAAGUCAAAGAAAAAGAAAAAAAGUUUUACACUAAGUGGGAUAUUGGAAAUAGAAAAUCAUGCGAAUACGAAAAAUAUUAUGGAUUUUAACUAUUGCCUUUAUUAUUAUUUUGAUAUGGUUAUUUACAAAUAAAACAGACAAAUCUAAUGAGUGGUUAGUUCUUCGUAAAGAAUAUAUGAUAGAAUACUUAAAGAACUUGAAAAGAUUUCAAAAAAGAAAUUCUAGCGUGUGUGUGUUGCCAUCUCUUAAUGCGUUUAGUCCAGAUAUAUUGCAUUAUAUGAAAUAUUUUUACACGACUUGUUCGGUAAAACGAUAUGGUAGCAUUACAAAAAAUGGUUGGUUUAUUGUUUCUUCAUUAAGCAUCUCCACUGUUAGCAUCAGUUACAUUUAUAGAGACAAUCCCAAAAAUAUUUAUAUAAACGAUGACUUCGCCGUAAAACUGUCCGACCCAAUCUAUGUGAAACGUGACGAUAAUGGUAUCUUUAAGCAUAAGUUAGAAGAUGAUUUUAUUCGAGUUGAGUUAAACACUAAAGAAAAUCAUUACGUUGAAUUCCACGCUCAUAUCAAUUUUCGUUCACAAGAAGAAUUCAAAAUAAAUGCAAAAAUGAGAAAAGAUGUGCUGGGUUUGGGAUUAGAUGUUGUUUUACUAAUGAUCGAUUCUCAAUCAAAUGCUAAUUUUCAUCGUCAACUUUUAAAAAGUAUGCCACAACUCGUAAAUGAUGAGGACACUACUAUUCUAAAUGGACACACUAUUGUUGGCGACGGUACAACUGCACAGCUAGCUGCAAUUCUUAUAGGUGAACAAGAAAAAAAUCUUCCUGAAACAAGACGAAAUAUGCCUAAAUCUAGUACAUGUGACCAAUUCAAUUUCAUUUUUAAAGAUCUUCACAAAGCUGGCUACCUAACUAUGUUAAGUGAAGAUAGACCAGAGUUGGGUACUUUUCACUAUCGUCUAAAUGGUUUUAAUAGUUUGCCAACAUCUUGGUAUCUACGCCCGUUUUGGUUAGCUCAAAACCCAUCUGCUAAAUGUGAUGUUGAAUAUAACACCAAACUUCUUAAAACAUUCACAGAAACAUUUGAAGAUAUACCUAAAGUGUCUUUGAUAAUAAACGCAGAUAUUGGGCACAACGAUUUUAAUGGUUUACAAGCAAUUGAUGAUGAUAUUUUUGAAGUAAUAGACUUUUUUAAGUCUCCUCUAAGAAUAAAUCACACUGUUCUUAUUAUCUUCGGGGAUCACGGCGCACGCAUUGGUGAUUUUCGCUCAACAACUCAAGGAAAACUGGAGGAAAGAUUGCCUUUUUUUUCAAUUACUUUACCACCUGACUUUAAGAAAAAGUACCCUAAAAUGUUUACAGCUUUGAAAAAAAAUUCUAAUGUACUAACAAAUCACUUUGAUGUUUACGCAACACUGCAACAUAUGCUAAGUUAUCCAGAUAUUCCAAGUAUGAAAUUGAUUGGUCAGAGUUUAUUUACUGAAAUAGAUCCAACUGUUAGAACUUGUGAAAACUCUGGCGUUGAUGACCACUGGUGUCCUUGCUUAAACUAUGAAGCAGUUGCUGUAACAGAUGAAACAGUAAAAAAAAUUGCGCACGAAGUUGUUCGUUAUUUAAAUAAUUUAUUAAACGAAAAUGAAAAAGCUCGAAAACAUUGUAUGAAAUUGACGUUGCAAUCAAUUUUAUCGUCGGGUUUAAAAACCCCUAAAAAAGAAGUCAGUCACUUUAUAAAAACGAAUAAAAAUGACGAGUGUGAUUCGUGCGGUGUUGUUUACGACACUUCUAUUGUAGCAAAAAAAUAUUAUGAAGUUGUUAUGACAGUUUAUCCUAGUAAUGGAGCUUUUGAGGUCAAUGCUGAUGUUUUACCGGAUAAUACAAUUGUUGUGGAUCCGAAUGUUAGCAGAAUAAAUUUAUACAGUAACCAACCUCAUUGUAUUAUGAAUGAGUAUCCUCAUUUACGACCAUAUUGUUAUUGUGAAUCACAAAGUUGAUUUUUAGAAAAUCACAAGCUGGUAGUAAACAAUUUUACAUUACCUUUUUAAAAUAACAUGAAACUAUAUUUUUUUAAACGUAGUAUUAACAAAUGGGUAGAAUAAGAAGAAUAAUGAACAAAAAUAAAUAGUAAAAAGAAAAAGAAGAUAUGAAGUAUAAACUUUUGAAAAUAUUAAAAUGCAUGCGCUCAUACACACAGACACAUACAUUCACAUACAUACACACAUACACGCACACAUACUGGAUAUAGUACAAAUUUAGUUUUUUUUUUUUUAAUAUAUUUUUUAAAUACUAGACUAAUAUAGUUGAAUCGGUCGGUAACGAUACAAUGCAAUAAAAAAAUAAAAAGUUCAGUUUAAAAGAAUUAAUAUAAAAGAAUUAA